AUCCUUCAUGCCUUUUUCCCGGCGACUGUGGGAAAAGAAAUGCUGGAAUCACAAAUAUCUUCAGCUACGAAUUUGGAAGCUCAAGAAAGAGAGAGAGAGAGAGAGAAAGAGAGCUAAUAUAAUUUAAAGAGGGAGACAGAGGGAAGGGUUGUUACGAAUGAUCUACAGCUAAGGAAACGCACCUUCGCCAUGUCUGAUGAGAAGAAACCAGGUGCUUCGACCUGGGUUGGUGGGGUGUUCGAGAGGGGAAUCUACGCCGUCCAAACACUGAGGAUAGAAUCGAUUCCGUCAAAUCCUGUGUCCCCGCCAAAACCCCUUCUGAUCACCGCCCCCACCGCGAGCGGAGAGUAUCCGCUCUUUCUCUUCCUCCACGGAUACCUCCUCUACAAUUCCUUCUACUCCCACCUCCUCUGCCACCUGGCGUCUCACGGCUUCAUCGUUAUCGCGCCUCAGCUCUACACGGUCGCCGGAGCAGAUUGUACGGCCGAGAUCAACUCCGUCGCCGCCAUCAGCAACUGGUUCCCAACGGGCCUCCCCAACGCCCUCCCAAAAAACCUAACUCCUGACCUCUCAAAGCUGGCUAUAUCAGGCCACAGCCGUGGUGCCAAAACCGCCUUCGCACUCGCCCUUGGCAUUUCCACCACCACGACCCUCAAGUAUUCAGCCCUCCUCGCCAUCGAUCCGGUUGAUGGCCCUGCUCCAGGUCAGCAGAGCACGCCCCCGGUGCUCACCCACGAGCCAAAUUCCCUUGUCACCCAGAUGCCCGUGUUGGUCGUGGGCUCGGGGCUGGGUCACCUUAAGAAGAACCCUCUCUUCCCACCUUGCGCGCCAAAUGGUGUCAACCACGCCGAUUUCUUUCGAGAGUGCCAGCCUCCGGCUUGGUACUUUGUGCCAUCGGACUACGGACACCUGGACAUGCUGGACGAUCAGACAGACGGUAUACGCGGCAGGGCAACAUAUUGUUUGUGCAAGAAUGGCGCGACCCGCCAGCCUAUGCGACGGUUUGUGGGCGGGGUCAUGGUGGCGUUUGCAAGGGGUUAUUUGCAGGGGCAUUUUGGGGAUUUGAGGGCCCUAAUUGAGGAUCCCGGAACCAGCCCAGUGAAGCUCGAGGUAGCCCAGUUCCUCUCUCAGUAGAGUUCUCGUCUCGUUUUCAUGUAUAAAAAAACAGAAAAAAUUUAUAUAAGGUUCCAACCUUACCUCUA